UAUAGUAGGGGCAGUAGAAUAGUAGCUCGAAGAGAGACAACAGCUAUAUACGCGAGUGUCGACGAUGCCGUAGUUGUUUAUACGGACGAACUGCUGUCUCUCAGCCGAGUACGCGAGAAGAGCUAUGGGGAUGCUUCUACCUGUGGCUAAUGAUCAUCGUCAUCCACUGGACUCUUUGACUCCGUCUCGAGAUGCACUGGCAGCUUCCUUAGAUGUGCUGUGUUCUAGGAUUACAGAGACGAGUUAGGAAUUGCAUUUUCAUGGAUGAAGCAUUUAAUUAACGAAGCGAGAGAUGGAGUCUGGACAGGGUGAGCCUGCUCACAAAAAGGAAGAGCAGAAGGAUGAAAAGAGAUACGAGAAUAUAGGACUGACAACAGCUGAGUCGUUGGAAAUUUUGCAGAGGGAUGUCAAGAGGAUAAUAGAGGAGUACGAGAAGGAGUGUAAGAAGAGCAAGAAGUACAAAGGAUGGCUGAAAGAUGCUUUGCAUCACAAAAGUCAAUACACAACUUUUUGUUGGACAUCUGCUGCCGCUCUUCUCAUGAGUGCAAUUAUGUUGAUAGUUUCUUCAUUUUUUGAAAAUGAUGAAUCUUCUUAUUGGCCUUUUGAAGCUGUUAUUGUCAUAAUUCUCGUCCUCUUCAACAGCAUAUUAGUGAUCUCUGAUAACAGGUUUCGUCAUUUUGAAAUUCUCUACAGAGUCAAGUACCUUGUUAAAGAGUUGGAAGUUGCAAGAUCUAAAUGUCUUUGGAAGAUAGACAACUAUCCACACUUGUGCAGUCCCCUUUCACCCUGCAUCACCCUGCAGUGGACGUAUCGCGAUGGCCACAUGGUCAAUUUACCCUGGGCUCUGCUGGUAGCAGGAGACAUGAUCGUGAUAAAACCAGGACAGCAGUCCCCUGGUUACUGCAUACCAUAUGACGACCCGGAAGCACCGAUACUGCAUGCGCGCGAAGUAUACAGUCCGCAAGUACAUAGCGGCAGUGGAGUGUUUUCGGUACCUCAAGCUCGCACGCCUCUGCGUAACAAAAUCUACAAGCUCCAGGAGACACCCUAUCUGUCGAAUCUGCGCAUGGCCUUGGACAUGGCUUUAGAUCGGCCCGUCACCUGUCAUAAUCGCGAACGUCACCUCGUCAUGAUCUGCUGCAUCGAGCAGCUGGUCUAUCCUAUCCUUCUCAUACUUCUGCUCAUGUUCAAUCUGCUGCGCUAUCUGUAUCUGUACGAGUAUGUGGGUAUCGGACACUGGACCGAGCUUUUUCUGCUGCAACCGGUAGCAGCGACGCUGCCGCUGCUGCCUGUGGCCUUUCCCAUCUGGUGGAUCGUGCUCAACUGCUUCGGCAUGGCCAGGUUCAAGGCGCUUUUUAAGCUGUAUCAGUCUUCGAAAAAAGCUCAGUUCUUGGAUCCUUUCGAGGAGAGCUCGGAUCCUAAUCAUCCCGAGGUGGUGUACAAUUGGACGGAGUUGUCGGAAUAUUUUUGGGACAUUAUGUUCGGAAAGGAACAUAUGAUGACGAGGUCCGCAAAUAUUUUGCACGUUUUGGGCUCUGUAACGGCGCUGUGCUGCGUCGACAAAAAGGGAAUCCUGUCGUGGCCCAAUCCGACAGCCGAAAAAGUUUUCUUUCUUCGAAACGGAAACGCCAAUGUUAAUAAUCCAAACACCAAUGCAGCAUCUAGGACGUCCAGCAUGGCUAGUCUCAACAAAUCGGUCGAUCCCAGCCACCCCAGUCAUCCCAGUGAUAGUACAAAGCAAGAUUCCAAUAGGACGUCGUACGUGCACCACGACAUGUCUCACACGGUCGCCGAGGUGCUGGAUCUGACUCACGACCGGGCGCUACCAUUUAAACUGCAGUUCGACGAUCAUUCGUGGCGUCAACACCUCAACUCACUCAAACCUCUUGGCCUCGCGAUUCUGCUCAACACCUGCAACAUGGAGACGCAGGAACACUACACGCAGUUUUGCUGCCACGUUACCUGUGAGGCUCUACACAACGAGAACCUCGUACCCGUCACGAAUAGACGCGGACGUGAAAUGUCCAAAAAAUGCACUGCCAGCUGCCAAGCUAACGCCGAGGAUAAGUUUGGGUAUGAGGCGAAUGAUACCUCUAGGCCGAUGUAUUUAGUCGACGAAUCAGGAUGCCUCGGACAAAUGUGGUGCCUCUGCGAGCUUGCCAAGCAGAUCGGAUUUAAGGAUCAAGCCAAGGAGAUCUUCCACCUGGACCAGCAGCUCUCGACCUUCAGGCACGUGCCAGAUACGGCGAAACGUGACAUAAAAUUCGCCCGUUCGUUGAGCAUUGCAACGAAGCUCAAGUUUCCGUUCCCUCACAUGGUGGCCGUGGUGGUGCGCGAGAAGAACGGCGGUGGACUUCAGCUGCUUUCUCAAGGCACAGCCGACAUUAUUCUAGACUCUUGCAUAGAGUUCUGGGAUGGACACGAUCUUUGUCCACUUUCCGAGCCCGACAAGAAAAAGGUACAGGACUUUUACAAUCGCACCAGCCUGACGUCCUAUUGCACGGCGUUUGCGUACAGGCCGCUGACGCGGAGUGUCAGUAGCAAGCUCUCCAACAUCUACCUUGAAUUACCUUCAGUGAGUAAGCACCUGUAUACGCCGCAUCGCAGUCCGACACCGUUGCCCUGGGAUUUUAAAAAUGUACUCGAUCCGAGGAUUAAAGGUCUGCUUGGACAGUUUCACUCGACAGAUUCGCUGCUCUGUAACGAAAACAAAGACGACGAAGUCAACAGCGUCGAUAGCUGCUUCGAUCUCCAGUGCAAUCAAAUAUUCAUUGGUAUGGUGACCAUGCAGUAUCAAGCUCAAACGGACAUGGUGCAACUGAUAGAGCAGUUGGAGCGCGCCUGCAUAAGGUUCGUACACUUCAGCAAGGAGAACGAACUGCGCUCACGAGUCUUCUCCGAAAAGAUGGGUCUGGAGAGCGGGUGGAACUGUCAUAUUUCGCUGCUGAGCGAGCGCGCAAGGUCCGAGAGUCCAGUGGGCUGGUGGGUAAGCCAGGCGGCCGCCAUGUCCUCGCCCACGCCCUCAACCCGCUCACAGCGGCAUAAUCAUUCCUGCAUGGACGAGGCCAGCCAAUUGCUUGACCGCGUCUCCCCUCGCUCGAAUCUCGACAACAGCCGGGCCAUGAGUAUGUCGGCGCCGAGUGCCAUCAACACCGAGAUGUCAACCGUAAAGUUCGAGAACGAGACGACCGAGUGGAACGGAUCUGCUGGCGACAACAAGUUCCAACCGAAGAGUGCCAUGAGCCAGAGCCUGAGUCAUCGACCUAAGGAGAAUGCGACGAGCUCAGCGGUGUCUGUGGAGCAGGAGACGGUGAGGAGCGAGGACAGCGUGCUGGUGCAGAGCAUCGACCUGGGCUCGGGCCAGGAGGCCUGGCGUUCGCUUAGUUGCCUCACCGACAGCACCGAACAGAGUGCGCCGGUCAACUUUGAUCUAUCCAAUAGAGCCAAGUUGCCGCGCGGUAUCGACAAGAUUCGACCGCACAUCGAGCUGAUCGAUAACGUACCACUGCUGGUCUCGCUGUUCACCGACUGUAACACAGCGGUGACCCGGGAGAUGCUGCACAUAAUGCAGGACUACGGUGAGGUCGUCUGCGUGCUCGGCUCUUCGGCCAACGCCGAGAACAUGCCGAUCUUCAUGCAGGCUGACGCUGCAGUCGCGGUGGAGCCACUUUAUCCCCAAGUGUGCCAAAGAGUGCCUGUGCUUAUGCCUACCAAACCGGACGAGGGACCGUCGCCGAUCGAUCUGAGUCGCACCCUGAAUUCGGUCGCCUGCUCGCUUAGCGUCAGGCGUGAAGAUCCGAUCGCUAUCUAUCAUCUCGUCAUGGAGGCUCGUCAUUAUAUGAAGUGCCUAUGGAACUGUGUUCAAUUCUGGCUGUGUUGCCUGGUGACGCUGUCGCUGGUCCAGGCGCUUUCGGCGUACAUGCUGUUGCCGCCCCUCUUCAGCGUUGGCCAGGUACUCUGGCUGAGUUUUCUCAUAGUGCCGCUGCUCGCCGUCUCGCUCGUCGGUACACCCACCGACUCGACCAUCAUGCAUCGUGCCACCGGCAAAAAUCAGUGCGUCAUCAGCGGGCAGGUGGCUGUGUUCGUGUUCUGGUGCUACGGCAGCAAAUUCCUCCCAACGAUAGUCACCGUACUCCUGUGGCAGGGCGUCUCGCUGUUUAUGCUGUGUCCGACUUACGCGAUACCCGGCUCCGAGUGCUUUUACGUCUAUCCCAACGUUACCAGCGAGUUCACCUGGGGCGGAUGGGGCUUAAAACCCGAGAUGCUAGUCGUCGUUCAAAACAUUGCACUAGUAAUUAUAGUUUUACAUUUCGUGACUAUAUCAGUAAGUUUCGUCCAUCGAGAGUAUUCCAUUUGGCGGAAGAUGCCUUUUAACAAUUGGAUUUGGUUUAUAACGGCUUGUAUAGUGACAUGUGUGCAAAUAGCUUUUUCGGGAAGUGUCUUUUGCAAUAAUUGGAAGGACGAGGACCAAAGGACGGAAAACUUUCCCCUACACUUGCCGCUUUAUUUUUUGGUCUCCCUUCCGUUGGUUUUUCUUAUCAACGAGUUCAUUAAGUGGCAGGAAAUAAAAGUGAACGUCAGGUAUCAAAAGCGCGCGCGUUUGGAGUUCACCACAAAACUAGGUAUGAAUUCGCCAUUCUGAGGGAGUUCUUGGAAAAUAGCAGCCGUUGAUUUUGAAUUGAGAUCGAGUGUUCUGCAAUUUAAUGCCAAAUAUUGCCAAGUGACUAUGCAACGUGUGAGUAACGCCGCUUUUGAGGACAUUAUUUAUGUUGCAGUAGGUUUUUUUUUAUUUUUGACAGAAAAAUCUAUUGAUGUAUACUCAGGGUGCUCUUUUAGUGAAAAAUUAAGAGAAAACGACCGUGUAAAUAGUGCCGUCAUAAUAUUUCUGAUAAAAAAGAAAAAGUUUAAAGAGAAAAAGUUUUAAUCUAAUCAGAUUUUAUCAUCGUAUUCUAGAAGAGCAUCAAUAUUUUUAGCGUUUUACGGUGUUAUAAUAUUGUAUUAUAAAACUAGCCCGUUAGACUGAAUGAUGUCGUUUUCUCUUAAAUAUAUUAAUUUGAUGCUCAUCUUGUGAAUGAAGUUUGAGUAUCGUUACAAGACUUUUAAUGAUGCGCACAAUAACUUGUCGUCGAGGUUUCUUAUAGGUUUUAUUUAUUUUUACACAUUUACAACACUUCUAUAUUUGGUUUAUCCUCUUGAUAAUGAUUCAAGGGCGCAGUGCAUUACUGUUUUAAUAUAGAUCAAAUUAGUAACCUGAUUCAAAAUUGAACGGUACAGUUGUAAUGCUGUCCUUUAAACUUCUUUUAGAUGUAUAUAAAAAAGGCGUUUUUUUCUAUAUUUAUACCCGUUCAAUGAAAAUUAAACAUAUCAUUUUACUACUCUUAUGGUCUUUUUAAAAACAACGAAUAAUCAAUUAAGAAACAAAUUCAUCUCUCCAAACAUCAAAUAUUUAAAUGAUUUGAACGUAUUUCUUAAAGUACUGAUACGUAAAUAUAGCAAAAAAUGCCUUGCACCGUUUUAUAAAUAAUUGUUCAAUGUACAGUAUCACUAAAACCUUACUCUGGCACCAAAAGUAUUCGAAAAGUUGUUUCCUUAACUUUCUAUUGUGAGAACGAUGUGCUUUUUCAAAGCGAAGAAAAUUCACGUAUUUUCACACGAUUUAUAAUUUUAGCAUAAUAAGUAUCUCAAGAAUAUCCGAGAUAAAUUAUGUUUAAAAAAGUUUUCGUUACUUUCCGAUUAUUUCUAAAGGGAUAAGGUACAAAGUAUUUAAGAAAAAUAAACAAGAAGUAUAGUUUUACAGACAAAAGCACACAGGGACUAAUUGAUUAUACAAAGUAUUUGAAAUAUUUUUCUCCUCGCGUAUGUUUUAUCAAAUUGUAAAAACUUUUACUACUUUUAUGAAAGUCAUAUUAUCUUUUAUAUCCAGAGAAUAAAAGACAGCAAAACUUCUAUGCAUUCUAUACUAAAUUGGAAUUUAUACUUUCUCCUUGAAAUCGUCAUAAAAAUCUCAUUAAAAAUGACACAGCUCUUAAUUAUUAAUAAUAUACAAGUAAAAUUUUUGGAGACAAAUGAUUCAAUUGAACAAUUUUUAAUAGUCCUAUCAAAUCAAUAAAUUUUGAUCUUUAAUAGUAAUUUUGUAUGUCAUAAAUGUAAAUGUAUCUCUUUACAUUCGUAAGAUAAUGUUUUAAAAGAUUUUGAAUUCAAUACCUUGGUGUGCCAACAAAAAUCGGAAAAUACGGUUAGUCAUUAUACAAAAUGUAUAAAGUAAUAUGAAAAGAGAGAGUGAAUGUGUAAUUUGAUUAUAUAAAAGUGUGAUUUUUCAUAACAAUUUUUCCUCAAUUAAUCAUUUAUUCGUCAGUUUAAAACAUUGAUGAAAAGCUUUUUUAGUAGUAUGAAUUGCAAAUAUUUUGCUUGAAAGCGAAUUUUACAUUAGAUUCCUUGGAAAUAAACGUAUGUAUAUUUUAGAAUAUGAAUAUAAAUUUUGUAAAAAAGUGAA